AUGUCUUCGACAAGUCGUCCAUCAAUUGCUAUAAUCGGGGGCGGAAUAUCCGGAUUAGUCUGUGCUAUACGGCUGGGACAACUCGGUUUCUCUAAAGUGACCGUCUUUGACACAGGUAAACGUGCAGCAGGAGGGCGCUGCUCGAGCCGGAAGUUGAUGAUCAAUGGCCAGCUCCACACCUUUGAUCACUCCUGCCAGUACUUCACCGUCUCCGACAGAAGAUUCGCCAAAAUCGUCUCAUUCCUGCACAACAAGAAUGCUGUUAAGAUAUGGACUGGAAAGAUCGGACAUCUGAAAUCCGGUAAAUUUCAAGAAGAUCCGAGUUUGACGCAAGCGUUUAUUGGUACGGAUGGAAUGCAGUCCAUUGCGGACUGCUUAGCGUCAAAUGCCGACGUGCAAAGGCCCGUCUGGGUCAGCGAAGUCUGUUGGGAGGAAGGAAGUAAAAAGUGGAAGGUCGACCGAUUCGGAUUUUAUGAUUACUUGGUGAUUGCACAUAAUGGAAAAUGUGCAGAUAAAUUAAUGUCGUCUGCCGGUGCACCACAGGUUCACAGUCUUCUCCGCGUAAGAUUUAAUGACGUAUUGAACCCACGUGAUCAGCGUAUGCAUCUGUGUUCUUUGUGGGUGCUUCUUGUUGCAUUUAAAACUUCACUUAAAUUAAAGUAUGACGGUGCCCAUGUUGACCACGAAGACAUAUCAUGGAUAAGCAACAAUACAUCUAAAUACCGACUGACUAAAGAAACCCUGUCCACCAAGAAAGACUCGGCAGAGUGUUGGACAAUCAUUAGUACAAAAUCCUUUGGAAAGGCCUUUAAAGUGUCACAAGAAAAUAUUCCACCGUCCACUGAAAAAAUGGUGACAGAAAAAUUAUUUUCGGCGUUCAAAACGGUAAUAGCUAGAUACGAGCUACCCAGCUUGUGUUACACUGGAGUUCAGCUGUGGGGAGCGGCUGUUCCGAUUAACACCCUGAACAAUGGGUCAGACUGCGUGUUUGACGGACGUUGUCAUGUGGGAGUUUGCGGGGACUGGCUAUCCUCCCCAUGUAUCCAGGGUGCCGCAAUUAGUGGAUUAUCAUUAGCAGAAAAGAUCCAACAAUCCUCCUUGGGCAAGUAUUCAAUCAAUAUCUGUUACCUAAUGCAUCGUUUAAAGAUAAUAAUUUCAACCGGGAAUUGGUAUUCAAUGUGCAUAAGCAAUCUAUCGGACUUUUUCAUAGAACCAUUUAGAUCUAAUGAUUCUGAAAACAGCAAAUGCCUCUGUCAAAUCGGAAUUAUUGUUUUACACGCAUUUUCUCAUACAAUUUUUGUGCACUUUUGUAUAUUUGUUCUAAAAGAGAUAAAAGACAAGGGUGCCGUAUUUACUGAACAGUGGAAAUGUAACUAAAUUAUUUUUGUACUUUGUGAUUCUACACUCCCAAGCAGGUGUGUCAGUUUCCGCAGUUUUAGACUUUCUA